AUGCAUUCCGGAAAUUUAAGUGUAAAAAACUUCAAGAAUUUAAUAUGCGGAAAUUUAGGGAAUUCAUUAUUUCGACAAACAAUUUACAAUUAUGAUACAAUAUCAACGUUCCUGAGAAGAACUGUUACUACUGCAGUAACCUCAAAACGCAACAUUAAAUCAACUAAACCAGCAGGUAGCGCUCGACUCAUUCCACAUUCCCCGAAACCGUCAAAUGCGACAAAUACAACAAACCAGGUGAAUAAUGGAGUCAUUAGAUAUCAAGAACAUGUAAAAUGUUUGGGUAAAACAAUAAAACCCUGGAGACCGGAAGAAUUAACUGAAUUAGAAGCUGCCACCAAAAAAUAUGGUACAAAAUGGAAAUUUAUUAAAUUUAACACAUCAUUGGAUAGGACAGCAGUUUCAUUAGUGAAUAAAUAUUAUGAUUGGCAAUUAAAAGUUACUUCAUUAAAUGGAGGUAAGAAUUGGACGGAAGAAGAAGAUAGAAAAUUAAUGUUAGGAAUAAUGACAUUUGGUGUGGGGGAAUGGAGUAAAAUAUCGGAUUUUAUAGAAACCAAAACUAAUAUAGAAGUAAGAGGAAGAUGGGCAUCAAUUUCUCAAUAUAAGCGAGGAAGAUUUUCCAAAGACGAAGAUGAAACAUUAUUAAAAUUAGUUAAAGACCAUGGAAUGAAUUGGGAUAAAUUCGCUGGAAUAUUAAAUAGACCACCAAGACAUUUAAGAAAACAUUAUGCGUAUAUGCAUAAUUAUCAAUUCACGGAAAAGGAUAGAAGAAUGUUACAUGAAGCUUUAAAGGAAUUUGGAUUUAAUUGGGAUAGACUAAAAGAAAGAUUUCCACAUAAGAAUAUAAGAUUUAUUAGAAUAUUUUUAGAGAAUAAUUCACAUUUAAAUCCAUAUGUUACUCAAGGACGUUGGAACAAAGAAGAGAUAAAAGCGUAUAACGAAGGAUUAGAAAAAUAUGGUAAGAAUUGGUAUAAAAUUUCCGAACUUAUAAAGACGCGAACAUAUGGACAAUGUUCAAAUCGAUAUAGACAUUCACUAGAUAUUAUUAAACGAGGACGAUGGACAGAAGAAGAAAGAGAAUUGUUUACUUUAGGGAUAGAAAAAUUUGGAUGUAAUUGGAAUAAAAUUUCUCAAUUAGUAAAAACUAGAUCACCUAGACAAUGUUGUACACAUUAUAAAACUCCGGGAGCCAUUCAAGGACGUUGGAAUGAAGAAGAGAAAAGAUUAUUUAAAGAAGGAUUUAAUUCUUUUGGGAAACGGUGGGUUAAAGUUUCUCAACAUGUAAAAACUAGAACAGCCAGACAAUGUUCCAGUCAUUAUAAGUUUAAUAAGUCAUAUCAUAACUUGCAACCAAAUUUAGAAGAAGAAGAAUAA